AUGGAUGCACUUCUCAAUUUCCUCCUCGUUGCCAAGGUUAACUUAUACCUUGGUCCCGAUCUCGUAGCCUACAAUGCAAUGGUGGAGAAUGACUAUUAUGCUUCAUGUGUUGCUGAGCGCGAUUUUGCGAACAUACUGCAGUUUGGAUUCGUUACAUUAUUUGUGGUGGCAUUCCCAUUGGCUCCACUGUUUGCUGUUCUCAACAAUAUUUUUGAAAUUAGGCUCGAUGCCUAUAAAUUCCUUAUUACAAUUCAAAAGCCUGUUCCGGCACAAGCGCUUGUAAUAGCGUUCACGUCCGAUUUCAUUCCGAAAACGAUGUACUAUAUCGCGAAUAGUUCGAUGAUUGGCUAUGUGAACUCAUCUCUUUCAUACUUUGAUGCAACUGAUUUCGAAAUGAAGUCAUCGCAGUUCUACAAUGUUACGCAAUGCAGAAACUUGCUAUCGAACUCUAUGGUGCACCGCGAUCCUUUGAGGUAUCGCGGCUUCCGUCGAUCACCAUGUUCGUUAAUGUCAGUGAGAUCUACCGUGUAUGGCCCCGAAGGAUGUGAUGAUCAUAUGGGAUACUCGCUGGUUUGGUGGAAGGUGUUUGCCGCUCGGUUGUUGUUUGUUGUCAUUUUUGAGUCACCACGAAAAGAGUCGGAAUCGUCAUACACGACGGCUUAUCAAGGACGAGGAAGUGUUCAGAAUCUUCCUCAGUCUGGUGCAAUCGAAUAA